AUGUCUCUUAAGAACUGGCCCGACGAAAAUUAUCCUGGCUGCGACGUGUAUUUGCCAGAAUGCAAAACAUGUAUAUUACAGUACUGGAUCUAUCUUUGUGGGUGUAUCCAAUUUACCUGCCCUGAUGUUCCCAAUAUUAGGGUAAGAGGUAGCUGCUGGACAUGUCAUCAGUAUCUGCCCAGUGACGAACACCCGGAGCCAACUACAAAACCAAAGAUCGAGAGCUAUAUAAAAUCGACUACUUGCGGAAAGAAGGAAUGUGUGGAGACCUCUGGGCUUCCAAAUUGCCGAAAAUGUGCAACUGUGAUCAUCAUCUACAAAUGUGCAUACUUGAAGGUCAAAAAAUCAAGACACUGGUGCGAAGGGUGCCAUUCUAGCAAGAGCAAAUAUCGCAGCAGUCAACCAGAGCUACUACUCGUACCUCACAAUGAAAAUCCAGAUGGCAUGGUUUGUGAGAAUUACUCAGACCACGAAGAACGUCGAAAAAAGCGAAAAGAGUUGAUUUCACAGAAAAUAGUACCAGAUUUUUCUAACUCUCAAUCCUUUCAGCCAGAGAGCCACAGGCAACUAAACCCUGAUUAUCCCAAAGUCCGGGACGCUACUUUCAAGAGACCAACAGUAACAAUACAACGAGGACCAACGCUACCGCCACAUCAUGACCAUCAAUAUACAUAUCCACGAGAACGUGAGUCGAAGACCAAAUACGCUCAUACACCGGUGAUGACAUCGACCCAUGAAUCUACAACAUCAACCUAUGGAGGUUAUGGAUAUGCGGGGGGAUAUCCGCAGAGGCAGCCAAAUCCCCACUAUGUCCCUGUCCCUGGUUAUGUGAUACCACGAGCUUGGGAUCAGUCACUGCAACCAUUGAUACUAGAGGAAAAUCCACAAAGAUACGCAGAUUGGCGGAACGAACGGAAACGAGAAGAAGCCCGUUUCAGUAGGGCGGCCGACAGAAUAAGUACCGAGGACGCUGCCCCUUAUGAAUCAACCUUACCCCGAGAAAACGUACGCCCGAGGGAGCAUAGAAAAUCGACGCGAUGA